UCGCGCGUAUACGACUCCGUAUCGGACUUUGAAGCUCAGUCGAGUCGUGCCAGUCCGCCGUUAUAGUCGCGACGGGCCGCACCGAAGUCGUGUCGACAGCAGCAGUAUUAUUUACACUUUAUUCACGACUGACUCUAUAUUCGUGCUUAACGUUAUUGUACAUGUAUAGCAUAGAACAUUUUGCACGUGUCGCAGGAGUUGUAUAAAACGUCAUCUUCGCCGUCGCCGAGCGCUAUUAAGUCAUCGCCAGUGUGCUCAUAUCGAGGCUUUUUUUUCAGUGUUUUGGAAACGAAAUAAGGCAAUCGAUGAAUCGAAACUCGUAAUUUUUUGGAAUCUACAAGUGUACGGGUGCAAUUCCACACAGACACAAAUCCAAUAUGGGUACCGGAGUUCACGAAAAAGACAAAGUGAACACCAUGUCUCGGAUUCGGCCAAUCAAAAUAACAGCUGUAGGCGAUGGUAUGGUCGGCAAGACCUGUAUGCUCAUCACAUAUACGGAAAAAAAGUUCCCCAUCGAAUAUAUUCCAACUGUAUUUGAAAAUUAUCCAAAGAUCAUCGACGUGGAUGGUCAAGAUUACAAUGUGACUUUGUGGGACACUGCCGGUCAAGAGGACUACGAAAGACUGAGGCCACUGUCGUACCCAAAUACUGAUUGUUUUCUGCUGUGCUUUUCGAUAAAUGCACGCAGUUCUUAUGAAAAUGUUGCCUGUAAAUGGUAUCCUGAACUCAAAGUUCACUGCCCAAAUGUACCGAUCAUCUUAGUUGGCACGAAAAGUGAUUUACGUCCCGAAAGUAACGACGUUAUAACGCCAAAGGAGUGUAAAAAAAUGAAAAAAAAAAUUAAAGCUUACAAGUAUCUAGAAUGCUCGGCAAAGAUGCAAGAAGGCCUUGAUGACGUUUUUACCGAAGCAGUUCGAGCGGUACUCAAACGACCAGCGGUGACCAAGUACUGCUGUUUUAAAUAAAAUAUAUGUCCGUUUUUAUUUUUCAAUUACUUUGUUCGCUCAAAAUAUUU